GUACCUCCCUGUCACCUUUCAUGCUAAGUGUGGAGCAGGAACUUCCCAGGAAGAACAAUAAAUCAACUGAUGAUUCCACCCUCGAAGGAAGCUUCAGCCUCAGUACACCCUACAUGUGACACACACAAGUGCUGAUCAUCUUUUGAAGGAUAUACAAAACCAAGAGGUGUCAGGUUCUGUGUGUUUCUUGUUAACUCUGAAGAAAAUCCAGGCUAGACUAGAGCAUUGGACAUUUCGACUGGGAAGGAUGCAGAUGAACAACUUUUGACUAUCAGGACGGUUACUUGGAGUCCUGCUCAGCCGUGAACUUUAGGGACGGACCAAUGUUUCCAUCCAAGAAGGAGAACCUACCCUCUCCCAUUCUGGAGGAUUCUUUCUUCCCCUUUUCUUCAUCACACUCUUCCUCCGGUCACCGGAUCAUGGCUCCUACAAUGGGAGUAGAUGAUCUUCUCGCCUCACCUCAGGAUGACAGCAGUCCUGCACUGCUGGAAAAGGACCUGAUCUUGGCUGCUGAGGUGGGCCAAGCUUUGCUGGAGAAAAACGAGGAGCUGGCAGCUCAGAUAGAGCAGAUGGAAAGGGAGACAGAGGCCGUGCAGCAGGAGAAACACGUGGUGCAGCGACGUCUGGAGGUGCGGGACCUCGAGGCAAGUCAGCGGGAAGCAGAACUGCAGGCUGACAUCACAGCGUUGCGUGCGCAGUUGGAACAAAAACGCAUUCAGAGUCGUGACCGGCGUCAUGAAGAAAGUGAGCAGCUGACUCAGCUAUCCAACCACAACCAAAAACUUGUGGAACAGCUGGCAGAGGCAGUGGCUUUAGAGCAUACUUUGCGUACUGAGCUUCGUUCUUUGAGAGAAGAAAUGGAGGAUACAAGUUUUAGAAAAUCCAUAAGCUCUGCUAGACUGGACAGUCUGCAAGCAGAGAACAGUGUUUUGAAAGAGCGCUGUACAAAUAUGGAUGAACGACUGAAGUCAACUCAAGAAGACAACCACCGGCUGAGAUCUGAGAGGGAAGGAUUGAGAGAGAGGGUGAUUGAGCUACAGACCAGUCUGAAAGAUAAAGAAACGGAGCUGGAACAGGAGCACAGCACAGUGUUUCAGCUGCGCACAGUCAACCGUACCCUACAGCAAAGGGUUGAAGCCUUGGGAGAAGAAGCCAAUCUGGGGGAGACUACCCGUUUCCCUUUGUCACUUCAGAGUGAGAUCCAACAGUCCCAGGCCAAAGAAACCAUUUUGGCCCAUUCAGCCAUUUUGCAAGAAAAAGAAGAAGAAAUUCAGAGGUUACAGAAAGAGCUACAGUCUAGAGAAACUGAAUUAGAAGAGCUGAGGGAGGAGGUGAAGCCAUUUCAUAACAGUCCUGGUAAACCUACUUACAGUGCCUUGGAAGAGGAGAUCAUUUUGGCCCGACAAGAACGUGAUGCACUCAACCAGCAGCUUCUGAACACUAUCAGACACAAAGUGGCACUGUCUCAGGAAGUUGAUUCUUGGCAGGAGGACAUGCGUCUGGUGAUCUGUCAUCAGGUUCAACUCCAACAACAAGAGAAGGAAAAGGAAAACAACAAGGAACAGACAGGCUUCCAAAGAGGCACUCGCACCACCAAAUCACUGCGUGUACGUGGGGAAGAUGGAAGGAAAGGGUUUUUCUCUUCUCUGUUUGGGGGAGACUGACUAGACAACAAAUAAGAAGGGACAAGAAGGGAAGAGAAUACAAUAACGAGAGAUUUCUCACUUUUGUCUACAAAUGGCAAAUAAUCUUUAAAAUCAUCCAAAUGUGUGAAUAGAAAGAAAUUAUAUGUACUCCAUAGUGGCACUAUUGCAUAUUUAUGUUUUCCAAUAUUUAUUUGCAACUUCAAAAUCAUACAUAAAAAUAAAUGUAUAGCAUUUACUU